AUGAAAGUUCGCCAGGCUUAUUUUGCCUUGAUUUCACUGAAUUUAUUGUUUAUUUACUCGCUAGACCCCUCAACAAUCGUUUUAGCGAUCAAUGCUGGAGGCUCCGCUUAUACAUCCUCUUUUGGCUUUUCAUACUCUUCUGAUCUAUAUUACACAUCAGGAAGUAAAGAUAGUACUCUGCCCGGCUUAAAUAUAGCCCAUACAGUAAAUCAAUAUAUUUACCAAUCUGAAAGAUGAGAUUUAGUGACGUGAGGAUAUGACCUCCCUAUUAGUACAGAUGGGACAUAUGUGCUUAUUCUCCAGUUUGCUGAAAUCUAUUAUAAUAUCAUCAAUUACAGAGUUUUCACUGUGAAAAUUGGAGAUUAUGUUGUUACUAAUAAUUUAGACUUAUACGCUACUGUAGGGGAAUUUACAGCUUACGAUAUUUUUACAACUUUUACAUUAUCAAGUAACACUGUUUUAAUUUCAGGAAAUACAGUAUCUGGAGCUUAUUCAGGCGGCAAACUAUUAGUUCGAUUUUAUUUAAUCCUCUCCUUGGGGUAAAAAUAUUUAUUUUUUGGCUGAAAACUAUCUUCAGUAGCGAACAAAAAUUUUCAUGAAACAAAAAAAUUAACCCCUUUCUAUAAAUUAUUUUAUUCCCUCAAGGAUGGGGGAGCUAGUUGCAGAAAAUCCAAAACUUUCAGGAAUAGUUUUGGUGAGUGGAGAUUGCAGUGUGGCUGAUUAUUGCAAUAUGUGUUAUCAAGCAAGAUGCUUGGCAUGCAAUGUGGCUACUCUGACCUGCGCUACUUGUAUCACUAAUGCUAGCACUAUAAAUGGAGUAUGCCAAUGUAAUUUAGGCACUUAUUGAGCAACGGGCACAAGAGAAUGUGCUUUUUGUGACAAAUUAUGUUCAUCAUGUUCAGAUAUGUUUUACUGUACAGCUUGCUUAGGCACAAAUAUGCUAGUUUCAAAUGUUUGUUUAAGAGCAUGCCCAUAUGGAUUUGGUGCAUCAUGUGCUUCAGUUUCAAGCGCAGUUAUUGAUCAAAAUUUUGCAAAUUAUUUUUAUGGAGCUUAUGGAUUAUUUCAAACAGGGACAAGCUCAAGUAGCUAUAGUAAAUGCACCUUUACUGAUCCGUCUUGGACACUUUUAUCCUCUUUUACUUUCUCGUUAGCUAUCUAACAGUUUUAAAUAGCAAUUUUUGAAUUGCAAUUCCUUGGUUUAAACUUAUUGUUAAAUUAAUCUAUUUGAGACUGCAGGAGUGCAGACGUCAAAAGAUUUUUUCAGUCUCAACCCAUAAAGGUGCCUAAGUUAUAUUAUUUUUUCAAUAAUCCUGAAGCAGUAGAUCCAAUACCAGCAAAAAACCGAGGGCUUUAUUUUUCUGGAAGCUCUUAUCUUCAAACAACUUCAACUAUAUAUAUCUCGCUUAAUUUUUCUAUUGGAUUGUGGGUUUGGAUAUUAUCUGGCUCAGGAGAUAUCUUGACAAAUAGUUCUGGGUAUAAAAUAACGAUUUCUGCGAAUGGAGCUAUGACAAUAGUGUUAGAGGAUAAAACAGAAUCUAUGACUACAAUAACAACUGCAACACUUAACCCUUCAAAUUCAGCGUGAGUUUAUAUUUCUUUUAUUAUUUCAUUUUCAGCAUCAACAAGCUCUUCAACUAUUUCUCCUUAUCUCAACAAUUCUCCACAAACAUCUACAACAGCCAAUGGAUACAUAUAUAGAGACGCUGUCAAUAAUUAUAUAUUUCUUGGAAAAAGCUCGUCAAGUAAUUUUUUGGGAUAUAUAGCCCUGAAAUAUUUUAGAUCAAUAUUGGCCAUCCUUUUUAAUUUCCAAAAUUAAUUUGCAUUUGCUAGCUUUUCUGAAAAGUAAAAGCGAAAAUGACAAGUCUCCGUUUAUGGUUUUUAGGUACCUAAUCAGACUUAUACUGUAUAAGGCAGGAGCCCUGUACUAUACUUUUUCUGGUCGGUAUUCUGCUGGGGUAUAGAGAUCUAUUAGGGUGCAUGAGCUAUAUUUACCAAUUCACUUUAUGAAAUGUAGCAGUUUCAAAUUUUAACGCUCAAUACUUAAACCAAAUAUGUGGCAGAGGAGCAAUCGCUAGCUGCCUUUGAACUUGCCCCUUAUCUCAAUGAAUGAAUGGGAUAACACCUACAAAUUGUAAUUCAUGCGCAAAUGGUUGCGUUAGAAAUGCAUCCUGCAAUGUUUGUAACGAUCCACUUUGCAGUGUCUGUGCAGGGUUCUUAGCAGGCCUAUGCACACAAUGCAAUAUUGGCUAUUAUUUAGAUUUAACUAGUAAUACAUGCUUAUCAUGCGAUUAUAGCUGCAAAACUUGUACAUCAUCGACUUCUGGAGACUGCAUUAUUUGUGCGUCUGGCUUUUAUAUGUAUUUAGGAUGAUGCAUUUCUAAGUGUCCAGAUGGAUUGAUAGAAAGUGGGUCAUUGUGUGUUGAAAAAGAUCCUUUUAUCUUUUAUCUUUCAUUUAAUACUCUUGAAGGAGUUGUUUUUGAUAAGCAAAGCAAAAUUCCAGCUUUAACAGGAAACAGCACAACUUUUUACCCAAAUUAUGAUGACUUUGAUCCAAUAGCUGCUUUAUACAGAGGUUUUUAUUUUAAUGGAGUAAACUCACUCAUGCAUUUACCUAUUUAUCCAGGCUACAGUAGCCCAGUUCUCAGCUUUGGCUAUUCUUUUACUUUUUCUAUAUGAGUCAAUACUGAGAGUGGCUUUGGAACUAUUCUCUCAAAACAAGAUUUACUUUAUAAUCCAAUUUUUUCUCUCCAGCUAAGUGCUGGAGUUGCAGUGGUUUCAUUAAACUUUAAGAGCUCUGGAUUGGCUUCAUUCUAUUAUUUGCAAAAUCUUGAAUUUUAUGUAUGAAAUCAUAUUGCAUUCACAGCAGAAUACACAAGUUUAAAGGAGACAAAAAUGACAUUUUAUUUGAAUGGAAUACAAGCUAAUGAACUCGAUUUUGGAUCUGACUAUUUUAAAGAUACCAAAACAGAUAUUACUUUUACAUUGGGAGCAGAAAAAGAUCUAUCUGGCUAUAAAAAUUAUUUUAAGGGGUUCAUUUAUGAUAUUAAAGGUUAUAACUCAGUAAAAAGCAUAUCAGCACUUGCAUUACCUGCAGUUCAAUGUAACGAAAAUUGUAAAGCAUGUCCUGCGAAUGGAGUUUGCAUUCCUAAUUGUUUAAUUUCUCAGUAUUGGAUUGGUCCAGAAUAUAAUAAAUGCUCCAAAUGCAGCAGUGGAUGUUUUAGCUGUAGAGAUUCCAGUAAAUUUUGCAAUCUUUGUGAUAAUCAAAAGUGUGCAUCCUGUUAUGAUUUUACUGGAGAUUCCUGCCUUGAAUGUGUUUCUGGUACUUCAAAUGCAACAAACUGUCAAUGUGACUAUGGUCUUGCUUGAAACUCAAGUUCAGGAAUAUGCGAGGCUUGCCAUCAAUGGCAAUACAAAGCGAAUGAUUCUUGCUAUGAUUGUUCUCCUCUCUGUGCUCAAUGUGAUAGUAAAAAUAAAUGCACAUGGUGCAUUAACAAUGCUGUAUUAAAUUCUGGAAGCUGUGCUUGCUCUCCUGGAUACAUAGGAAUAACUGAAUGCACAUUUAUCCCCUUUAAUGUCAGUCUUGUUGUUAACAAAAAUAAUACUUUAGUUCUGGCCUUCAGUGAUAUAUUAAAGAAAGAUUUAUUAAAUCACGAUCAAAUUAUGAUAUAGAAGUUUCCUAUGUUUGGCGCUGUAAGGCCGAUAAAUUCUGAUCGGAAUUUUAUCGGUAGGUUUGCACCAAAUCAAUGCCUUGGUCGGACCAAAAAGCGAUUUGGUCCGACGAACUUGGAAAGCUCCUGGGAAAAUGUCUGCGCUUUUAGCGCUAUAUAGAGGAAACCUCUAUACAAAUUCAUAAUAAUAAAAUUCAAUCAUGAUCCAUUUCUCAAGUUUCAAGCAAAGAGUAUUUAAUAUCAUGCAAUUUUGAUGGAGGGAUUUCAAAGGGCACUACUAUUAUAGUGUGCUUUAUAAAUUCUACAAGCAUUGUAUCGAUUUCUGGAGGUGUAAUCCACGAAGAUUAUUUAUCAGGCUCUUUAUAUGAAUCUUUGACUUCUGAAGAGCAAGAAGUGGCUCAAAUUCAAAAUCAAGUUUCUUCUGGAGUAAAAGUUUUGGUUGGAACAAGUGUAGCUUUAGCAAUGCUCAAUCCAAACCCUUCAGCUCUAUGAACUAUUCUGAACACUAUUCAAUUUAUUUCCUACAUACCUUAUGCAAACUACCCUUUAACAGACAAAAUUUCUGCAUUUUUUAAGUCAAUUGGCGAUUUCAAUUUAGUUCCAAAUAUUUUUUUAUUGUUCAUUGAUAAAAAUCAAAGUAACCCACCUUAUUAUCAAGCCAGAAAAUAUGGAUAUGAUAGCUUAUUGUUGCUUGUAAAUGUUGGAAAUGAUAUAACUGCUUUGUGUUGUGUUAUAACUGCGAUCCCUAUCGUUUAUUUUUUUUCUAAAUGUUCUCAGGGAUUUAUUGGAAAGAAAUUUAAAAAAUUACUUAGAGAGUAUAAAUUUAGUACUUUUUUACGAUUUUGGAUUGUAUGGUAUCUUGAAAUUGGUUUUGCUUCUAUAAUUGGGGUUUUGAGCACUGAAAAUUAUGAAAUCUUAGAAAAUCCGCUUAAUAUAUCUAACUAUUUCAUUUGCUGAUUUUUUAUUGUAAUUAUAAUUUAG